AUGACUCACGCUCAGCCGUACUCCAACGGUUACGACGAGCGUUCUCCCAGCUUUUUCGACGACACGAGUGCUCCCGACCUCAGCCCUAGCGCGACCGCAUUCUUGGCGAACAGCUCAUCAGACUCCUCUGCAGUAACCAUGGCGAUACCAUCGGCCUCGUCAUCUCAGUGGCGAGUCGUGGACGGGAUUAGAUACCCGCGCAUGGACAAGAAGAUCCGUUAUCCGACUUGCACGAAGAUGGACAGUGACAGCGUGACACUAGAGAUCGGGCUGAAGGCCGUGGGAACCAAGUGGCGCGGCUGGGGAACUUCUCUUGCCUGGGCUGGGCGUUUCCUCGGGGGUUUGUCGCAGCCGUUCCGGCGCAAAGUCAUGCUGGACCUAAUUUUCCACAAGAAGAAGGGUAUCGGCUUUAAUCUCGUCCGUUACGCUAUACCCGGAGGCUACGCACCGCGAUUCAGUCCCAGAAUAUGGAGGCAGGAUAAAUACCAGGGGUACAGCCCAAGAAAGGGGGUUUUCAAAUGGGGCGGGGAUUGGAAGCAAGUACUGGCGCUUAAGGAGGCCCGGCAGCGCGGCAAUAUCGAAGUCGACGCGAUCAGCUACUCACCUCCGUGGUGGAUGACGCUCAGUAAAGACCCGGCUGGAAACUUAAAGGGCAAGCCAAACCUUAUGGCGCGUCAUUACCCGACUUACGCGGAUUACCUCGCGACUGUUGUUGCGCACUUUCAGAAGCAGUGGGGUAUUCAGUUCGCGGGAAUCGCGCCGUUUAACGAAGCGCUGGAGGGAUGGUGGAGGAAGGGAGGGUACCACGAAGGAUGCACGUUCACUGGGCUCGGAAUGCGCAAGCUGACAUUUAUGCUUCGCCAAGGGAUGCAGAGGCAGAAGGUUAGAAAAACGCGCAUCGUCGGAGUGGACAGCUGGCCUGGUUACACCGUGAACGCGCUGCGCAAGUCGGUCUGGCCGCUAGGACACGCUCCGGAUAUCAUAUCCGUGCACGGAUACAGAUCGCUCCGUGUCAUGUCGCUCUCAGCGGACGAGAACGAGUACAAGGCGAUUCGGGAUGAGGCGCACAAGCACAACAAAACCAAGAUAUGGCAAACGGAGUGGGGUCCCUUGCACAUCGGUGGAACUCCGUUGGAAACCGCUGUGUACAUGGCGCGUUCGAUAGCGCAGCAUAUCAACAUUAUGGGUGUAGAGGCGUGGUAUCACUGGCUGCCUGUACAGAGUGUGAAUAAGGCGAAUUGGGGUCCCAUUCAGGUGAGGUGGAAGGUGUUCGGCCCAAUCCGUCCGAAGCUGACGAAACAGUUUUUCGGCAUGCUGCACUUCACGAGAUGGAUUCACAGGGGGAGUUACCCGCUUUUUAUUCGCAACGAGUGCAAGCACUCGGUGGUGGCAGCGUAUUCUCCCAAGGCUCGCCGGCUCUCGGUUACCAUCGUGAACCAGCAAUCCAAGGAAUUCCGCAUGAAUCUCAAGAUCAGCGGGUUCGAUCGCUGGAACCGUAAGAAGUCGACCCUUCGACAAGUCAGGCGCACGUCGCUUAAGGAGAACUACAAACGGAUCUAUAAGGAGUACAGCUGGGACGCCAUCACGUCAAGCAAAGUGACCGUUCAGGGCAACUCAGUCACCACAGUCGGCUGGACAAAUGUCGCUAUGCUUGGAGACCCUCAAUUCGUGUCAUAUUAG